AUGCGAGUUUGUGGUCCCGAUGCGCGGGCAACGCAGCGUGAAGGCAGCGAUGGCGCAACUAGCGGUGCAGCGGCAGCAGAGUCGAUGCUGUUCAGUAUGAAGCUGCAAUGCUCGUUGCAGCCCAUGACUGAGAGCAAAUCAAAGGAGCAGAACAGUCAGCAUGAGAGCAAGGAGCGUGAUUCUGCUAACAACGAGCGCUCAUCUUCAACGAUGAAGCUGCUGUUUGCGAACGAUGGAAGCUUCAUGGAGCAGUUCCUUGCUGCGAAAAAGAAGGAGAAUAGACAGGACAAAGGAGCAGAGAAAACAACGAUCAAGGUGGAUGGAAAGCAGAUCGUUGCAACCAGAACAAUGUUGACAAGCUUCUCAACCAAACCAAAGAAAGAGAAAGACCCCUCACUUGAACCAGAACCUGAAGAUCGGAUGAGGAAGAGGAGGAGAGACGAGUAUUUGAUUGAGAUGCAGAAGUAUCGCAGCAGCUCUUGCGGUUGUGAAGAAAGAAAGAGGCCGCUUGUGAGAUAA